ACAUAACCUAACUUUGAUAACAAAUUGUUUAACGUGGCUGUAUUUUUUUUAUCUCAUUUACUACCAUAACAGUUGCAUAAAAAUUCUUAAAUUUUCAUGCACGGAUGUUAACACUAUAUCGGCAACAAUACGUGAACCAGUUAUAUUUUAUUCAGUAUUUGCAAAGUUGUAGAAAUGAUCGUAACGGCAGAUGAUAACGAACGGAAUCAUACCAACAAAUGGAUUUCGAAAAUUUUACUUGGCAUGUUUUUAUUGCUUAUGCUUUUGAACUUACCGACACUUUGUCAAGCACAUGAACAUCAUGAACAUGAUGAAUCUCCAAGUUUGAAAUAUUCCAAGGAAAUUAACGAAGCAUAUCUACAAAAUCAGCAUCAGCAUACACAUGAGUAUAAUGAUCACAGUCAUCAGGAGAAAUCAAUUCCAUCCGACAAAACGCAUAAUGAAGUGUUUUUUAAAGCUAUUACAUCAACUGUACUUAUAUCAGCAGCACCAUUUCUUAUUUUAUUUUUCGUUCCUUUAGACAACACAAAGGAAUGCGAGCCGCUACUAAAGAUACUGUUAAGUUUUGCAUCUGGUGGCUUAUUGGGAGAUGCAUUUUUGCAUUUAAUUCCUCAUGCUCUAGUUCCUCAUUCACAUGAACCUUCCAAGGAAGUGCAUACGCCAGAACAUUCCCAUAGCCAUGGCGACGAAGAACAUAAUCAUACGCACAAUAUGUCUGUUGGUUUAUGUGUACUCUUAGGCAUAAUCAUGUUUCUAGUUGUCGAGAAAGCAGUGAGGAUCAUAAAAACUGAUCAUAAUCACUCACAUGUACACAGUGUCACAGAAAAUGUGUCUAAGGAAGAUAAAAAGGACAAAAAAUUAGAAAAAAAUUCAGAUAAAUCUGUGGAUCCUCAGAAUGAGAUUAAUAUUGCAGGCUAUUUAAAUCUAGUUGCAGACUUUUUACAUAAUUUUACAGAUGGUCUUGCUAUUGGAGCUAGUUAUUUAGCUGGCAAUAAUAUCGGUUAUAUUACUACUUUCACAAUUUUGUUACACGAAGUACCUCAUGAAAUAGGGGACUUUGCUAUUUUAUUACAAAGUGGUAUUAAAAGCAAUAAGGCCAUGAUGCUUCAACUGACUACUGCAAUAGGUGCUCUACUAGGAACCUGUGUAUCAUUACUAGCAGAGGGCAUGGGUGAUCUUGCAACUAUGUGGAUUCUUCCAUUCACGGCUGGAGGAUUUAUCUAUAUAGCAACAGUUUCUGUAAUACCAGAGCUUUUAACCGAUACUAAAUUUGUACAGUCUUUGAAUGAAAUCAUUGCGCUUCUCGUUGGUGUAUAUAUGAUGGUGCUUAUAGCAGAAUAUGAAUAGAAUCAUACUAUGUCUUUUGUUGUCAAUACAUUGUGAUGAUUUAAUAAGAAUUUAUCUUAAUUGCUAUUAUUACAAAAAAUUAAAAUUAGAACUUGGAUUUUUACAAGAUUUUAAUUGUUUUGUAAUUGUUGAUAUUAGUAGUAAUUUUAAUACAUCGUGCAAGGUGAAUACCAGUGAAAACAGUGUUAUCUCAUAUACUUAUUACAAUGCAUUUGUUGGUAAUUAUUCACAUCUACUUGAAAUUAUAAAAAAAAUAACCAGAAUUCAUAUUACUAUCAUAUAAGGCUCUAAAAAAACAUGCCGCUAAAAGUAUAAAAAUAAUUUAUUUCAUAAAAAAUAGUGUAAAAAAUAAUUAACUAGUCUUUUAAAAGUUAAUUGUACAUUCGCCUAAUCUGAACGUUGAUAUUGUAUAUAAAUAUCAAUUUUCAUUGGUAAAAGUUACUUUCUAUUAAAACACUUAUAAUGUUCUAUAUAACAUUUGUUUUAAAAAUUUAUAAUAUGUUUUCUACAUGAAAGUUACUUACUGUAAAUUAAGAAGAAAAUUGUAUGUUUUUAUAUAGAUAAAGUACACAGUUUAUUUUGUACUAUAAGAAGAAUUAUGCUUUUAAUUUCUUUCAAUUGUUAUCAAUUUUAUUAGGAUUAUACUAGCUGAUAUCAUAUAAUACAGUAAAAUUCUAUCGACUUAAGGAUAAAAAUAAAGAUGAUCACAUGUAAUGUUUAUCAUUUUUUCACAAUAUACAUUUUAAGCUAUAAUACGUCAUUUGGAAUAAAUUACUUCAUAAGA